GGUGACGCUCGUUCCUCAUUCCACAGGCCAGGACAGAGUCGUGCGUGGUUGGAAGCGCACUGGUUCCUCUGCCUGGGGAACCUGAGCCAGGCCCAGCACCAAGCAGGGACCAUGCCCGUGUUGCUGCCCCCAGCUGAGCGCUGCCAGGACACCCGCGUGGGGGCCCCGGCGUGGUGCGAGGCGGCGCAGGCCGUGACGCACCAGGCCCACCUGGCGACCGACCGCUGCGGGCAGGAGGCGGUGACCAUGUGGCAGUCCGCGGACAGCGUGCGAGACCCGCACGUGGCGCGCCACCUCUCCCGCGCUGCCUACAUCCAGCCUUGGCGCUUCCGCGUGGAGAUGCUUCAAGGCGGCACAACCGUGGAGAAGCCGCCGCCGGGAGAGGGCGUCACGCUGUGGAAGAGUAAGAUGAAGACCCCGGCCUGGCGCACUCGCCUGCCGCUACCCUUGUUCCGCGACGCGCUCGCCUUGCAGACGGCCGAGGUGGCGCAGGCGCAUGCGCGGGGCGCGCGCCUCACCGCCGCCCGCCUCAGCCGCGCGCAGCAGCAGAUCAAUGAGCAGCUGCGGCUGCUGCAGCGCCAGCGCGAGGCGACGGACCACAGACUGAGCGAUGUGCGCAAGGGCGUACUCCUCAACCGGCAGAGCGUCCAGCUGCGGGGCUACCGGCCUGAACCCGAGAAGGUCCCUGACAAGGCUGACAGUAUGCUUACAUGGGAGAAGGAGGAAUUGAGAUCCAUGAAGAGGAAAAUGGAGAAAGACAUGGAAAAAUCAGAGACCCUGCUCAAGAGUCUGGCCUCCUGCCGCGACACGCUGGGCUUCUACUGUAAGGAAAGGCUGCAGGCCGUGGAGCUCAUGAACCAGCCGCUGGACAAGGUUCUGGAGCAGGCGGGCCACCACUCCUGCGUGGACCUCUCCCGCGUCCCCACCCCGCGCCCUCGGGGCCAGAAGACGCCUCCUCCUGACCCCUUGGGCACCUACACCCCAGAGUGCUCUGCGGCGCUGAACGAAGCCAAGCGGUUGUUGAUGGAGUCCAAGGAAACCUUGGCAGAAAUGGCCAAAAAUGAGUCAGAUGUCAGGGAGCAACAGCAGCAGAUAAGCGACCGCGUGUGCGCCACGCUGGCGCAGAAGAUACGGGAGACCUCGGAGCUGAAGGAAAGAAUGAACCUGAGUUUAGGACUGAUGAGGGGAACCAUUCACCGGUGCGCGAAAUUCAACCAAGAGAUGUACAUCACCUGCGGCCUCAUCAAGGGUCCUCUGUCCGAAAGCCACCUGGAGACUCGAGAGAAACUGAACAGACCCCUGGUUCGCGUGUACCAGAGACACGUCGGCACCCAACUCCCUGAGGCCUCGCGCCUAGCACAGGGCACCGACCAGUUGCAGCGCCAUAUCCUGCACAUGGAAAAGAACCUGAAGGAGCUGCUCGCGGAGCGCGGUAAACUGUCCUGGAGCCACAACUGCAAGAAGAUCGCGCAGGAGGUCGACCACAGCGUGAUACGCCUGCGCCAACGCCAGCGGCACCCGCGCGUGUGCUACCAGGAGCUCAGGGCUCAGCUCCUGCUAGAGGACGGGGGCCCGCGCACCCAGGCUCCAGCGCGCAGCAAGGCCACCGGGGUGCCUAAGUGAUGCUUGUGCGUCCCCAACCCCUGGCCUGCUUGUCCUCGUGGGCUGCCUGCUCAGUGGCCCCCCCACUCCUCUCUGACUCACUUUCCCUCCAGCCGAAUUAUAAUUAAAAAUCCUAA